GUCGAGGAACGAAAGCGUGCACCGAGGUGCCUCUGGUGAAGGAGCAGCUCCUAAGAAGAUUGCACUUCCACGUGGACCCCUGCCAUGGCUCUGACUCACAGCUGCUCGCCCCCGCUGUGUUUUGCAACAGCUCAAGCUCUCCCGAGGACUUAAAGAAGACCCGUCCAUCAUCACCUGACCGGGAUGACCUCCAACCCAGCCUAUGACUAUCCUGAGCCCUAUGCCAAUCCCCGGCAAGGGGCUGUGUCCCUGCCCCAUAACAUCAGCCUCGUGGGGCGACUGAGGCUCACCCAGCCCGUUUGGCUCCAGCUGGGCAUCAAUUCAGCCACGGCCCUCCACAUCUUGCAACGGGAACCGGCAGGGACAUUUCUGGUGCGAAGAUCCAACACUCGCCAGUGCCAGGUUCUCUGCCUCCGUCUUUUGAAUGGUUCAUCGCCUGCUUUUGUGACGAAUUACCGUUUACACCAAGAACGGGCAGAUUUGCAGAUGAAAAAUAAACGCAGCUCUUUAGAGAAGAAGAAAAGGGACAUCCUGCCUCUUGCGUUACGUCUCCCACAGCCGAUCUGGGAGGCUUCCACCUGCCAGGAGCUGGAAGCCAUUGCACACCUGGGGCUAGAAUUCUGGAAUUCCUCUCUCAAUGCCAAGGAGCCCACCCGACUGGCUUCACUGGGAUCUACUUCCGGCACGGGUGCAGUCUCCCCCUCCCUCCCUCUACGGGAUCCCCAGGGUUUGCACGGGCCCCAGGUGGGUGGGGAACAGCCCAGCCAAGCCCCCGGCCUUCCCUCCACCUCUCUUGAUAGCCCAUCCCCGGAAGACGUGAGCGUCCGACGCCAGUAUUUCAAGAGUAACAUCAAGGUGCAAGUUUCCACCGAGGCUGCCAGCCCCCUCUCCCCACCGGCAGCCCCACCGCCCCCCAUUCCUGUUGGCAAGAAGAAGCAAAAGAAGACCCCUCCCCACCCGCCCCAGCCCCCUGCCCCCCAUGGGAGAAGCCAAUGUCCCAACGGAGAAUACUGCACAACCGGGAGGAAGGACUCCUAAAAGCACGGAAAUGUUUGCUCCUUCAGCUUCGUUGGGUCAGCCGCUGCGCACGAUGGGCAGGAAACAGGUGUGUGUGUGGGGGGGGUGCCUGAUGGAGAACGUUGUCCCUAGCACCCCCCUCCCCAAUUGCUCCCCAAGAUGAGGAGGAAACCAAGCCCGGAGUCCAGAAUUACAUUUCCAGCUCGCCUGUGUCUUUUGGGGGUUUGCAGGGACAUAAGAAACGGAAGACGAAUAGAGUAGAAUAGAAUAAUAGAGUUGGAACAGACCUUGGAGGUCUUCUAGUCCAACCCCCAAUUGUUGUGUCCAAGAGAGAAUUACUGGUAGUACCCAACUUAACGACCACAAUCGGGAUUCCAUUGCGGUUGUUAAGCGAGCCCGACGUUAUGACCUAUUUUGCCAGGAUCGUGAAGUGAAUCACUAAAAGCUGCAUACGAAGUGAUCGAUCAAUACUAUUUUUUU